UAUACCAAUAAGCACCUCGCUCAACAUUCCAUUACGGUAUCACGCCGAAGCCUUCUCGACACACCGCCACCAUGCGCUCCAUCAGCUUGCUGCUUUGGGCUCUCGCCGCUUCUUCUGUCACAGCCAGGCUUGGAUGGGGAGGAGAAUGCCAAACCCAGGACGACUGCUGCAAAUGCGAUCCGGGAAGCAAGUGCUUGCUCAGCUGCAUCGCGGUCCACAAACACCCUUCAACAACUGGCAAGCGCUGCCUUCCUGGGAGCGAGAUUGAUUGCGAAGGCGCACCCUCAGACUGCCACUGCUUCUAGCAGGCCAGAAGCAUUUGAGAGGUGGUAAUCGGAGUCCUGGAUGUCUUGUGGGAGUGUCGACAGACUUCCGUUACCACACAGUGCGUCAUCUGGAGAGAAAAUUGGGUUGUUCGGGUGAUGACAACGCUUUUGAUCGGGAUUGAGGAGGUCGGAUGGCACGAAGGGAAAGCUGUCACGUUGGGGGGGAUUCCGUCUGAGGGGUCCGUGUUCAGGGAGCAUCAAGGAGGACCGAUCAUUCCAUUCGUCGAAAGAGUUCCUCACUCGAAUCGUAUUGUGCUUUUCCU